AUGCAGCUUCACGUUACCAUUGGAGCGUUCCUUUUAGCUGCAUUCUUCUUUGCUGCCGGUCACCUCGCCGGUAGUAUCACAAUGUUCAGCCGAGACAAAGAUAUCGAAACCUACAACCUGUUGGAACAGACAUUGAUGAUUCUUGGUGUUGUAAACUAUGUGGUAUCCGACGCGGUUGUAGUCUGGAGAUGCUGGCUUUUGUGGGGAAAGAAACGCUGGAUCCUGAUGGUACCCGUCGUGCUGUUCAUCGCCACAUUCGCUGGGGCUAUAGCGUUCGUUGCUUUCGAUGUCAAGGCUCUCGCUUUUUCAUCCACCUACAAGGAGCAGGAGAAGACAAUCAAGGACUAUCUGGCCAGAGAUGACCUCAUCAUCUGGUGUCUAACGCUCAGUACCAAUAUAUGGGCUACGUUGAUGAUAUCAUUCAAAGCCUGGAAACACCGGAAAUGCCUAAGUACAAUGCUUCGCCAGGGGAGCAAGAAGACUCAGCUAGAAAAGCUUAUGGCGCUGCUAGUGGAGUCUGGAGCAUUCUAUUGUAUCGGUUUCCUUUUGAUCUACGCAUUGACACGCACCGGGAGUUUCGUCAUGGAUGGUGUGAUGGUACAAAUCGCCGGUAUCUAUCCGACGAUCCUCAUCGUCCUCGUCAACUUUGGGAAGGCUCAUCUCGACAACGAGUUCGGUUACAAUGGUGACGGUCUGGCCAUGCAGCGACAAGAGGCGACCAGUGUCGAAACGGGACCAGUCUCGUGA